AUGACGGUGGUGGAACUUAGGAAGAGUCAGGAGGAACGCCAAGUGCGAGAGGAGGAACAAGCGGAGGUCGAAAUGUUCUUCGAAGUUGACUUGGAACGGGUGUUUGGUUCUCAGAUUACCGCUCUUGAGGUAAUUGAAUUGAGUGACGAUAAUGUCAUGGAUGACGCGGAGAUGCGUUUUGUAACGAUCAAGCUCGUGACAAUAAUGCGUAAGAAUACGACUGACGCUUAUUUUUCUGUGUUGGCGGAUCGUGCUGCCUUGUUGGAUACUGUAACAACAAGAAUUGGAACAAAAGAUGCCUUUGAGACGUUGUUGCAGGCGGAUAACUUGCAAAUGUUUACGUCCUAUUUGAACCAGUUGCAAGCUACUUUGACUGUACGAAAGAGCGCGGGUUAUGUGAUGACAAAUAUUUUGUGUUGUUCUAACGAGCUGCUUUACAGUUUAAAAGAGCCAGCUAUUCGUAGUAAUGUGUAG